AUGGAUGAAGAGGUGGUCUUCCUGUCAGACGACAGUGUCUCUCUCGGUGACAUCCCUGUGUGCUCACAAUCCUCAAGAAUCCUCUUCCUGACCAAUGUGUCCCACACAGACACUGUCCACUAUACAUGGGAGCUGCAGAGCAAUAAGCAGGCAGUGCAGAUCCAUCCAGAGCGAGGGACUCUGUGUCCAGGGGAGAGUGCGCCUUGUGUCCUCACCUUCACCUCCACUGACUACCCUGCUGUUUAUCAGCUGGAUAUCAUCUGUCAGGUUUUUCAGGAAGCCGUUCUGACUCGGUAUUACGAUGCUUUACAGCAUUUGGAGGAAGAGAAAAAGAGACAGCGGGAUGAAUUCACUAUCACGGAUAAGAUUAUUAAAGGCAGUUAUGGAGUUCUGAUAGAUAAGGAACCUGUAGCAGCUCCAGUAAGAAAGGGGCCGCCACUCAGGAAAUACAAGACUCUUCCUCCUAUCUGUGCCAGUGCUGCUUGUGAAACAGUGGGGGGGAUAUGUACCAAGAUAACAAGAGCUGAGAAGCGAGCGCAGCGAGAAAAGGGAAACGUUUGGAGGUGCCCUGAACCCCCCCUGCCGGCUCUGCUGCAUCUGGGGGUGACUGCACGCUCACACGGGCUUCUGGAGUACCGUGCACACUUUCCUGACCAGUCCAGUGACUUCAGAUGCCUCCAGUCAGUGAAUCCCCGGCAACCUGAGAGCACUUCCCUCCAUGCUGGGCGGGGUUCACAGAGAAAAGGCCCCGAUAGAGACGUCACCAUGCGCAUACUCGUCUCUCUGCUCAGGGGAAUACUUGAUGACCCAGCCUUCUCGCAGUCUCUGAUAAGUAUGGAAUCGAAGCCCAUCACCUACCAGCCUCGAAAACCUGGUCCCUCCUUAUCUCCGUCCUCCCUCCCUUCCUCCUCCUCUUCUUACCCUGCACCCCAAGCACAACUUCUGUCCAGUGGGGCCCAGGGAGAGGAAGAUCAGCUCUGCCCAGUGGAUGGUGAGGGGACACCACACCCUGAACAUGUGCCUGCUGAUGUGAGUGAAGAGGUUCUGCUGAACACGCUCCAGAACUUGAUAAUAGAAGCUGUCGGAGGAGAGCUCGACCUCACAGCGCACCCCCGCACGGUUAUGUUGCCCCCAGUUUCCACCAGAACCAGGAGGAUGCCCAAUGCCGUGGCCGAGGAGGAGAAAGAAGAUUUCAUAAACUGGAACACAUGACAUCAACCCCUACAUUCUCCCAUGUGAAUUACCAGAGUCCUCACCCAGGGGUAAGGAGUCAUCCAAGGAAAACAAACCGAAGCAACCAAAAAGGCUUUAUUACUGGAAAGUGGGUUUGUCACACCCACAG